AUGCUCCAGCCCGAAUCAACAUUCUGGCGACCUCUCGGCUCGGCUAGGAUGCAAAGGGGAGAGGGUAUGGCACCAUUUGAUGCAGCGGACGGGCGGCAGAUGGAUACUUCCAACAACCAAAACAACAACAAGCGCGGUACACCGUCAGACUCUUCGUCGAAUGUAAAGAACAACCGAGCGGCCCAGGGUGGACAGGCAGACGGAAAUUCCAAGACCUCGACAGAUUUCGGAAAAGGAAAGUUCAGUGGUGGCUCUGGUGGUGGCUCUGGCGGUGGCUCUGGUGGCGGCUCUGGUGGAGGCUCUGGUGGAGGCUCUGGUGGAGGCUCUGGUGGAGGCUCUGGUGGUGGUGGUGGGUUUGGCAAAGGAUUCAAGGGCAACGGAAACAACGAUGCCGGAGGUGACAAGACCAAAGGAAACAACGGCGACAGCAGCAGCAGUACAAGUAAGGGGGGUAGCAGCGGAGGCGGUGAUGGUGGUGGUGGUAGCAGCAACAACAGGGGCGGUGGCAGCAAUAAGAACAACAACAGCGACAACAACAACUUUGGAGGCCAAAGUAGCGGCAGCAGCAAUGCCAAUAAUUCUGGCACUGGCAGCAGAAGCAAGGGCAAUAGCAAUGGGGGUGGAAACACCAAUAAUGCUGGAGCCGGCGUCGACGGCAACAACGGCAACAGCAGUGGGAACGACAGUGGCAGUUCCAGCAGUGCCGGAAGUGCGACGACCACCGCCGCGGCCGGUAGCGGAGACGUUGGGAGCAGUGACAGCAAUGGUGCCCAAGAGAUUUCGUCAGAAUCGCUCGACGCCACAUCCGCGCCAACGGAUUCACCCGCAUCGGAAGCACCAUCUACGACAGACGCUCCUACUGUCGUUCUGACAACUUCAACCAUUGUGGCAACUGGGCCGGAUGCCGUCGUGACCAGUUUUGUACCGUUGAUAACGACUGCAGCAACAACUGAGAGCACUGCCACGACUACCCACAGACCUUUCGCGCCAUUUGUCCCCUUUGGGGCCAACUUCCCUGGCUCUGGCAGACCUAAUGACAAGAACGGUCCUGAUGACAGAAAGCACAGGGGUGUCAACGGGACCACGGCAGAUGACGACGACAGCAAUGGUAGAAACGGGAGCGGAAAUAGCGGCAGCAACAAUAAGGGCAACAACAACAACAACAACAACAACGGUAACAACAGGGUCAACAACAGCAAUAACAACAAGGCGUUGGAUCCGACGGCCGAAAGGGCAUUGAUAUCUGUUGGCUCCAUUGCAUGGAAGACGUUAGAAGAGUCCAACUCUUCGAACGUGGGCCCCAUGGCGGCUAACAAUGCGGCUUCUUCGAAUAUGACCCGCGCGGGUGGACCUACCUACGAAGAGAAAGGUGGUGACACGUUGAGGACCUUCGGCUUCGACAGAGACGUCCCACCGGCUAUUCCAUCCCAGGUCUACUACUCAAGCGGAUUGGGCUUGGGAUUGCAGUUCCAGUCUCCGCCAGAACAGGCCGAGGUCAGCAGUGCCAACGGGAUGCAGGCUGGUAUGAUGCGGUCGAAUACGGACGCUUCUGUCUUCACACACACUCCAGCAGCGUCAUUCAGCUCGUCAAUGGUAUCCGGCCAGUCAGGCAUGCCAGUGGCCGCACCUUACGUCUUGAACAACGGAGCUGCGAAUAUGGGCCAGCCAACCGGCUCUGUGAUGGCGGUUUACAAGGCUGGCCAGCAGUACAUGACGGACGACAAUGGCAGCGAGGCGAGCACACUGCGGUCACGCAUGCCGGACCCAUUCUACAAUCAGUCACAACUGGCACGCCAGCCGUCUGAUGCAUACGACCCGGCACGGCGACAAGUCAACCGCGCCUCGGAAUUGUCUUCUUUAUCAUCCGGCUUCGGUGACGGCGAGAUCCUGGUGCUGGCAUCGGAUCAGCAGGCGGCACAGCCCGGCCAAAUGCCACUGGCUGCCCAGCGUCCGUCAGGGGCCUCGACUGGCCCACCAUUGUCUGCAUCAGCUGGCGCAGCUGCGCGACUCUCGUGGAUGCGCAAACAGCGAAUGAGCCGCGAGACAGUCUACACCGAAUCCAGCGAGGACCAGCCGGCAAAGUUCCGGUCCGUCAACUCGUGGGUCAAGCAACAGACGGGCCGCGUGAGACGCGGACAAGCUAGCAUUGACAUGACGACGAGCGCAUCUGCAGGUCGCGACGCGGCAGGCGAUGUAGCCUUGGUGGUUGGCAAUCAACCUGGCAUUCCACACCCGUUACCACGAGAGCAGCGGCUGACGAUGAUGGACGACGGCGAAGAGCCACGGCGGCCGGAUACCGUCCCGGGAAUUCAGAUGGCGUAA